AUGAACUUCCAGUUCAGCCGUCUUCUGACUCGGAUCGGGUUUGUACUCGGACGGGUUAUUGAAGGGCACAACCUUAGCCCAAUUUCAACCAACACCAAGGACAACUCCAACGCUUGUCAACCGGAAACAAAAUCUUUACACGCCGGUCCGGGUAUUCCAUAUUCAGGGAAUCAUUACACAGUUUCACCUCAGUUGAACAACCAUUGUGAUGAGACACCUAAACACACGGUGGUUCAUAUUCCACAACCAAUUACAGGCCUGACUCAUCGGACCAAGAUCCGAAAUCCUCUGGUCGCCAGGAAACCUCGAGAUGCAACUAAUACCUUUAAUAUCAAAUCCAAAUUCAAGGUGAAUGGUGGAAAAAGGAAGAACAAGAGUGUUAUGUUGGAGGCCAUGGAGGAAUUUGAGAAUUUUGUUGGCCACCAAACUGAAGAGGAACACCUUAUCCACACCGAGGAUGGUCGUACCUCUGACCUGGAGGAGGAGGAACCUCCCGAUAUCACCAUGUAA